CUUUUCUGUGUGGCUUGUUAGAUAGAAGCUGAUAAUGAUUUUAGAGAUAUCACCAGUAUCUGUUUCCUGGGGAGCAUCUGCCCUGAAAAUUACUGUUGAUGCAGCCUUUCCUCACCAUGGGUGAUGAGUACCAGAAUGAAGACUACCACAGGGGAAAAAAAUUGGAGGAACUAUCCCACACCUCAGAGAUUUGCUCAGAACUCAGAAAAUCAGGAUCAUUGCCUGUCAGUGGUGAAGACACUCAGGAGAACUAUGAAUACAUCCCUGAUCCUGACAUGCUGAUGAGGAAGCUACCCAAGAGUGGGCUCAAAACAGAGCAAGAUCUGUUUGCAUCUGGUAUGGACAAAUUGAAAGAAUUGUCCAGAUCUCCCAUUAACUUUGCUUAUGGACUGGCCUUCCUUUCUCUGAUCAUGGCAAUUGCUGCCCUCAAAUUAGCCAUUCAAAGAUGUUUCCCAUCAUGCCCCCAUGAAUGGAUUAUGUUCCAGGAGAAAUGCUACUAUUAUGACCAAAACAUGGCCGAUUGGACAAAUGCCAGGAGAACCUGCCAUGACCUAGGUGCAGACUUUGUAGGGAUUGACAGUGAGGAGGAAAAGGAUUUUCUUGUUUAUAACAUCCCAACAAAAGGCGUAUACUGGAUUGGCUAUUAUGAGGGCACAUCGACAAGGGUGGAUGGAUCUGUUUCUCCUGACACGUGA